CUCUCUCUCUCUCUCUCCAUGAUCGCCUGAGUUCACCUGCCCAGCAUCCUCUGCAACUCCCCACCUGCUACACUUUCUGGUUGUCAAGACCUUGCUUUCCUGAUUCUGUACAUCUAAUCUCAUCACAUCAAAUCAUAGAUAGUGUUCAUCAGUUGAUCUUGUCAUGCACUUUUUCUGUGCCAGGUGAUUUUCUCCAUUCACGAUGGAUUCUAAAUUUAAAGGUCCAAAAUGGAUGGGAAACAUUUACCAGAAGUUUGAAGCUAUUUGCCAGGAGGUGGAUGAUAUUGUGAAACAGGAUACAAUUAAAUAUGUGGAAAACCAAAUGCAGUCAGUGGGCAAAAAUGUGAAGAAACUAUGUUCUGAUCUACUUCCUCCUUUAGGACAUCCUGUCAAACAUGUGGCUGAAGAUGUGGCUAUUGAAAAGAAUACUACUUCUAGUACUAAGACAAGGAAAAGCUUGCAGGAAAAUUCUGUUGAAGCAUCUGAAAGGCAAUCACCUACAGAGGCCAAUAUAAUAGAUCCUGCGUCAAGCCAACCGAGUCUUAUCUCAACGGACCAUUACCAUGGGGACCAACUUAGUUCUCUAGCUUCUGUGGUUACUCUUGAGGAGCCAGAGGUUGACGUCAUUAUGGCAAUUGAAACCUCGGUGGCAAACAAUGAAAAAAUUGCCAAACCAGUCCUGUCAAAGUUAACUUGUGCUGGUGGGGAAGAACAUUUUGCAGAGUCAUUAGUUGGGGAAUUUGAUCAGAGUAAUUAUGAAAAUAGAUUGGGUGAUUUCUCUGAGGAUGAAACCUCCACUGAUGAUUUGAAUUUUGGAUCUAAACCGAAAGUACAGCGCGGUAACUUUUCUGAUGAAGUUGAGUGUGUGUCUGGUGUUUCAACUGUAAUGGUCUCCACUACAGAGCCCAAAGUAAUGGAUCCUGAAAACCAGCUGAGUUUUGUCUCUAGUAAAUAUCACCUUUUAGAGCAACAUGGUUCUCCAACAUCGGUGGAUACCCUCAAGGCCUCAGAGUCAAACUUAUGCAUGGGAAAAACUGAUGGAAUUUUGACAAAUGAAAUCCAUGAUGCAAACAACAAUGAAUUUUUCAUUAAAUCGUAUGCACCACUAUUAUCCAAGUCAACCCCUCCUGGUGUGGUAGAACACUUUACUAUGUCACCAGUCAGAGAUUUUGUUCAGAGCAAUGAUGCAAAUAGAUAUGCAGAUUCGUUUAAGGAUGAGCCUGAGACCUCAACACAUGAAGUGCAGCUUGAAUCCCUGCAAAACUGGACUCUUUGGGAUGAUUAUGUUGAUAAAAUUGAAUGUGUUCCUGAUGCUUUGAAUUCCACUUCUGAAAUGUCGUUUUCAGUCGUCUCAGUGGAGAAUCCUACUGAGGAUGCUGAGCUUGUAUCCUUCAGCAGAUCCAAUGCAGAGGAAUCUCUUAGGAUCUCUGAAAAUUCACUUGAAAAAUUAACCCAGGAAGCAAUAUUUUGUCAUAAAUCUGUUGAGGGGGUCAGUUUUGUUUCUAAUUUCUCUGAUGCCGCAUAUGAAACCUCAGCACAUAGCUUGGAGUGUCAGCUAGACUCAACUGCUUGGGAUGACUUUGAUGAUGAAACUGAGUGUGAUUUCGCUAGUUCAAGUACUGCUUCUGGGAUGGUGUACUCAGCUGUCUCUGGGGAAAAUUCUAUAGAAAAGACUGGUGUAAAAUCCCUCAACUGCUCCAAUGCUACACCACUUGGGCUUUCUGAAGAUUCAUCUCUAAAGUUAUCUGGAAAAGCAAUGCUAUGUCAUAACCCUAUCGAGGCGUUCAGUAAGAAUAAGGACAAGGAUGGUCGACUUUCUUCAUUCAGCAGCUCCCUAUCAGUUGCUGAAGGAACUUCUAGAAUUACAGAGACCAUCCCUCCAACAGUACCUUGUGGUAAACAGCAAGUUAAGAUCUGCGAGUCCUUUCAACAUAACACUGCAAUAACCUCUUCAGAUACUGAAUGUUUGGAUGAAUUAAGCUCUGAUAUUGCUUACUGUCACAUGGAAAGCAUUGACUUGCAUGAUAAGGUGCAGAUUCAGGAAAAGUGUGUCAAUGUAGAGGAUAGUGUACUUCGUGCCAUUUCUCGCAGAGCAAGAAAGCAAAGAUCAUACAAGAAGCAAAUCCAGGAUGCUUUUACAUCAAAGAAGAGGUUGGUGAAGGAGUACGAACAACUAGCAGUUUGGUUUGGGGAUGUUAGUUUGAAUCCUAGCCAAGAAGUAACCUCUAGCAAGGACAAUUCAGGAACUCAUCAUGCAGGUGACUCUGAAUGGGAGCUUGUGUAAGCAUUAUAAUAUGUAACUAUAUGUAAUAGUAUUGCGGACUGGACCGGGCAUGCUAUACGAGGCUUGCCUUUUCAGAUAAAACAUGUCGGCAAAUGAUAGAGUGAUCAAGCCGACUAAAUAGUGUUAGAUUGAUCAGUAUUGGUUCUAGGAGAGAGUUAUAUGUGGUAAAGGAACAAAU